AUGCCGCGAAAAAACAUAGGACCUGGACCCGGUAAAUAUAAACUACCACCCGUAGUAGGAUACGAAAAACACGAUAUAUCGAAAUAUCGAAACCCCUGUUACUCGAUCGGUUUAAAACUCCCAUCCGGGCAAAAAUACAUUGGACCUGGACCGGCGUACGGUAUACAAAACAUGACACGUUGCGGUAAGGCCAGUCCCCCAGCGUAUUCCAUGAAAUCCAGACCGAAAGAUUUGACGAUAUUCCGACCACCAGGACCUGGAACAUACGCUCCCGAGCUAGUACCCCGAAUGAACCAACCUCGACCACCUAUGUAUUCGCUAUCCUUUAGGUACCCCCAAAUAAUACCAUCUGCUACACCAGGACCAGAUAAAUACGACGUUCCUUCCACAAUAGGACCGAAAGUACCCGAUAAAUUCUCGAGCGCUGCUUACAGUAUGUCGUUUAAACACUUUUUACGCGAUCUUGACAAAUCCCCAGGUCCUGCCAAAUACACCGGGGUGGAAACAUCGGUUUUCAAGACGAAACCUCCAGUCUAUACCCUAUCUCCGAGGAUAUUUCCCCCCGAUCAAAAAUCCGCAGCACCGGGUCCUAUUUAUUUACCGAAAUUACCGAAAAAACCUGGUUAUUCUUUCGGAUUACGAGUCGAUAAUGAUCCAUAUAUCACUGCCGAAGAUGACAUGCCUUGCAUCGAACGCAAACCUUGUUAGAACAACCAAAUCACGACGUCUAAAAGAUUCGAAAUCUUCAUUUUUUAUCACACAUUUAUUUAUAAUAUAUGAC